CCCGCCCUGGCCGGAGGCGCCAAGGCCGGCUCCGGCGGGCGAUGCCGAUGUGCGCCCAGGAUGCUGUCGCAUUUGCUCCUGCUCUUCUCCGUGCUCGCCAGCCUGAGCCAGGGCUUCCGCACACACGGGACAGAGCUGCCCAGCCCUCUUUCUGUGUGGUUUGAAGCCAGAUAUUUCCAACAUAUCCUCCGCUGGACACCUAUCCUAGAGCAGUCGGAGAGUACCUACUAUGAAGUGGCACUCAAGAAGUAUGGAACCAAGAUCUGGAAAGACAUCCCCAGCUGUAGAAAGGCUGGGGCAUUGUCAUGUGAUCUCACCAACUUUACCCUGGAUCUAUACCGCAGCCAUGGCUACUGGGCCAGAGUUCGGGCAGUAGACGACAGCCAGUACUCCAACUGGACCCUCACUGAGACCCGCUUCACAGUGGAUGAAGUGAUUCUGACAGUAGGUAGCGUGACACUGGAGGUAAACAAUGGCUUCAUCUUUGGGACAAUCCAUCCCCCCAGGCCCCAGAUAGUCCCUGCAGGUGAAGAGUACGAACAGAUCUUCAAGAAUUACCGCAAAUAUAUGAUUUCCUUCAGAAAGUUUCAGGAGGAAAAGAAUACAACCAUAACAGUGAAUGAUGAGAACUUCACCUUCAAAGUCCCCAGAGAGAAGGGAGAGAUUUGUAUCAAGGUGAAGCCCUCGGUGGAAACCCGAAAUAACAAAGCGGAGUGGUCAGAGGAGCGGUGUUUACGUCUCACGGAGCAAUAUUUCACUGUGACCAACCUCAGCAUUCUCUUCACAUCUAUCCUGAUACUCAGCGGAGUCCUGGUCUGCCUAGCUCUCCAGCACUACAUCCGGCGCCCUGGGAAGUUACCUGCAGUCCUGGUCUUUGAGAAGUCCCACAACUUCUUCCCGGUCAACCCUCUCUGCCCAGAAACUCUCAACACUGUUCACAUCCUGGAUUUGGAGGCCUUCCGGAAGGUGUCACCAGAGCUGAGAGACUCAGAUCUACACGGUAGCACUGACAGCGGCUUUGGCAGUGGCAAGCCAUCACUGCAGACUGAAGAGUCCCAGUUUCUCCUCCCUGGCUCCCAUCACCAGGUACAAGGGACGCUGGGAAAGGAAGAGCCUCCUGAGCUACGGGACAGCUGUGCUGACAAUACAGACAGUGGGAUCUGCCUGCAGGAACCCAGCUUACAUUCCGGCAUGGGGCCUGCCUGGAAGCAGCAGCUUGGAUACACCAGUCAGGGCCAGGAGGACAGCGACAUUAACUCAGCCCAGAGCUCUCCAGAGCAGCCUGAGGACACACAGAGUGGCUCUGCCUUGGGCCAUGUCCACCUCCUAGAACCGGGAGUCCCGGAGGAGAAAGACCAAGUCGUGGUGGCGUCCCAGGGCUACCAGAAACAGACCAGAUGGAAGGAAGAGGCAGCAGACCCAGCCGGACACUUGGACAAAGAGAUUCCCUUGGCAGAUGACUUUGACCCUGAACUUGGGGUGUGCCUACAGGCCGAGUUAGCUUGGCCUCCACCAGCUCUGGCCAAGGGUUAUUUGAAACAGGAAUCCCAAGGAAUGACCCCGGUACCAGCAGGACCUCUAAGUAGGCAAUGGAGUCAGCUGGCUGAAGGAUGGUCACUCCUGGGUAUGGUUAGCUGUGGAGACCUAGGCACAGAGAAUUGGAAUUUUGCCCAUGAACUUGCCCCUCAGAACUAUGGGGCAGCCCCUGGUGGCCUCCUGGCUAGCUUUGACUCUAAGCUGGCCACCCUGCCGCUGAUCUCCAGCCUGCAGGUAGAAGAAUGACCCUGGCUAAGGGUUCUUCGUAUUCUAGCAUGCCUGCUCUCCUGUCCGCACCAGGAGGUCCCAGGAGCCAAAGAAAUGCGUAGGCCUUUUUCUACAGAUCCACUGUGGCCGGCUAGCCAGGCCCCACAGGACAGGAAAAGGCCAUCUUGCUGGGCUAGUGUCCAGUAUGUGGGAGGUUGUGUUUGGUUCAACUGAGAGGGGCCCUGAAGAUUCCAGCGGAGCUGGAGGGUAGACAGAGGCCUUACUCCUCAGGCCUGGGUCCUGGACCGGGAAGACCAGUGUUCGGGAGGAACCUCAGGGUUUCCUGGGUGUGGUGAGGUUUGCCAGGCUGAUGUCUGAACAGCCUGGAUGUCUAUGGAGAAGUGGGAGAGGCUAGCCUCCUGCAGGGUAUAGGGAGGGCCCAAGGAAGAAAGGAGGGAGCAGGAGCCAUGUUGUCAUGUAGAGAUGCUCCCCAACUUGGACAGGGUACCUGUCACUGGUAGAUCUUGAGGUACAUACCACCCUGAAUGUUCAGCCAGCUAAUUCAGAACCAUGGGGCAAAAGGGACUGAGACACAGAAUCUGCACCUCCUGUGGGGUGUCUCUGCUAUCCAUCGGCAGACACCUCCCUCUUUUGACAAACACAUCUGUGUCCCCCUGGGCUAUCUGCAGUGGCCAAGCCAUUACUCUUUGCUGCUCACUAGUGUGCUGACAGGCCAGACAAACUAUGAUUGUCUGUGUUAGCACACUACUCUUUAGGUAGCCUUUGGGCAUAGACACUGGCCCAGCCUUAGGACUUACAUAUCUGCAUUUGCUGCUAAUUUUUAACUACAGACCCAGAGAACAGGGGGCUGGGCUGGCAUCUCUGUGUUCAGCUGCAUGAUAGUGGACCAGCAGCUUCUUCAGGGGACUAAAAUAAAGAAUGAAUCGUUAGGAAGAUCCCUCAUGCUAAAUGUUAGCCAAGUUGGCCCUGUGGUAAUACUUUAGGUCUUGCCUACCUCUGGGCUGGCAGGAAGUAGACUGUGGAACCUAUCCGCCCACAGGUGGCUUCUGCCUCAUGCCAAGGUCUCAGAGAUCUUGCAGGAGUCUAGGGCCUUGUGCCAAAUAGCUGCUAGUCACUAGAGCCCAGGGCUGGUCCCUGCUUCCCUCUACUGCGUUUGAGACCUAUCUUCAAACAAUGGCAGUUUGCAGCCCCUGAGUAAGAAAGCUGAUCCCCUGGCAGGGCUCCUGAUCCCCACCCAGUGCUGGUCCCUGAGCCCAGACUGUCUCUGAAGCUUUCCAAAAACAGACUGUGUGACCCAGGAAAGCCAGCCAUGAGACUUGCCAGCCUGCCAAGAAGGUCAUGAUGCCAGUCUGGUACCAGAGCUCCUUCUGAAGUCGGGUGGACUCCUUGGGAUUGCCUUGGAACCUUUAUUUAUUUAUUUUGCUCACUUAUUUAUUGAAGAGGCAGCUUAGCACAGGGCUCGGGGUCUCUCAGGAGGUCUAAUUUUGACUGCACUGUUUCUAGCUGUGUGACCUUGGGCAAGUCACAUUUCCUCUUUGAGCCUCAGUUUUCCUGUCUGUAUGUAAAACUUGAAAAGUUCCUGACACGCCCAGUCCCUAGGAGUGUGGAGUCCCGUUGAGAAAAUGGACAUGGCUGUGCCUGAAACAGUGAGUGAGUGGCGUGUGUUUUCAUUCCAAUAAAUCGUCAGGUACUUUGGGAAAGCAAUCAGAUUUCUCAUGGUAACUGCGGAUAAUUGGCGAUGGUUAUAAACAGGAUGGACUUUAAGGAAAUAUGUCUGAGGACCUGGGCCCCCCCCCACAGGCCCAGCUUCAACGUUAACUGUGACUUUGGGAAAGGCACAUAAUCUCUCACCGUUUCUGAUUCCCCAAAGGUGACAUGAAAGUGAUUGUUGUCAUGAUGAGAUGUCAUGAGGUUGGAGGAAGAUCAUGGAUGAAAAGAGCUUACCGGGCUGCCCCACAUCUGGCAUCCCAUGUGUGAACAGCUGUCAAGAGCUGUUAGGGCCAGAAAGGGAAAUAGACUGUUUUUCUCAGAAACAGGUGAAAAUGAAAGAGGUGCCCAGGGUGUUCUUUCAGAAGACUGAAAGGUACAAAGUGCACCCCAGUGUUUGGGAUGUGAGUUCUGACAGUGUGGAACUAGCAAGACCCUCCCAGGAAGUAAGUGAGCCAGACUUGCAGACUCUGGACCUGCUCACCUUACCCUGAAGAUGUGCCUGGCUGGUUCUAUAGGCCAGAAGCCUCCAGAGUUCUGUUUUAAAGGCAUUUUCUACAAUGAUUAGUGUGUGGGUUCGCACAUCUCCCUGAACUCAACCGUGUGGAUAUUGCAAACCUAGGACCUGGCCCUGAGUCCUAGGUGUCUAUGUGUCUGAGGAGAUCACCAGGACACCUUGUCCCUUCCCUGAUAUUGUCCCUUCUCGUGUUCCUUCCCUAUUCACUGAGAAAGGAGGCCUUCUGGAGAGACACCAGUCCCUCCCCCUGCAGAGAACUUGAACAGCACUGUGUAUGUGUGUGCGACAUGGGCAUACUUCCACCCUGGGGACCUUCUGGCUGGUUCUGAGAAGAGAGAUACAAUGACCAUUCUUUCCUGGAAAUGGUGUUAGGGAAAAGCCCCUGAGGCAGGUGGGAUGGAGCCUGAACAUUGGAUGUAUAAAAGAGAAGAAGAAGUCACCAUUGCAGAGAGUCAGUUCGGUCGGGAGAGAAAAUGUGCGAAGCGGGCCUGCAGGACAGAAUGGAGGCGGAGGUGGGCUGUGACUCUCAGUAGGCCUAGACCUGUCUGUCUGUAGGAGUGAGAGUCAGUUGGUUCCUCAGUGCAGCUAGGGCUUGUGGGGAGCCUAGAGGACUCUUCCAGGAAGCAGCUGAUAGAAUACUU